AUGGCGUCCAAACGGCCCAUGCAGUCGCUCAUCCUCGAGAUCCUCAACGCCCAGCCGUCGCUGCGCGACUCCAAGACGUACCUCAACUCCUUCGGCCCGCGCCCGCGCCCGCCGCAGCCGGCCACGCCGGCGUUCAGCGGCAGCAAGGCGGCCCGGCCUCGCAUCCCGCUGCAGCUGCCCGCCUCGCUCAGCGCCGCGCCCAGCGCCGAGGCGCCGGCGCCGCAGGGCCCGGCGCCCGACCUCUCGCACGCAUUCAGCCACCCCGACCACGCCGUGCGCAACGUCGCCGCCGAUGCCGCCAGCGCGCCGUCGCAAGACGCCGCGCAGCCCGAGCUGGCCGCCGCCGCCGCGGUGCACUCGCAGCAGCACACGGCGCUCGUCAAGGUGCAGGGCCCCUUUACCGCGCGGCAGCUCGACAGCAUCGCCGAGGGCAUGGUGUACCUCAAGAAGCUCGGCCUCGUCUCGGUCAUCGUGCUCGACUCGGAGGAGCCGGCGUGGCGCAGCGCCACGAGCCGCUUCUCGCCCAUCGACGGCGCACGCCUCGACGUGCAGAGCGCACAGGAGCGCGAGGACGCCGGCCUGGCGCCGUGGAGCUCGCGGCGCACGCGCGACGAGCGCAGCGCCAGCAGUGCGGCACGGCGCGGGCGCGGCCAGGAGGCGCUGCGCUCACGCAUGGUCGGCGACGUGUUCAAGCUGGCCGAGCUGCUCUCGCAGAAGGGCGCCUCGGCACGCCCCUUUCCGCAGGCCGUGAUGCGCGUCGACGCCGCCGGCGUGCGCGCCAAGCAGGUCGACUCGCCGCCGCUCUUUCCUGACCGGGCGCCUCGGGCACCGAGCCGGAGUGCGCCGCGCGCCGACUGCUGGGCCGCCGGCACGUCGCUGAGCGGCAGCCAGGCGACGCCCGGCUCGGUGCGCACAGCCGACGACGACCUGAUGAGCCUGCGCUCGGCGCUGGCGAGCGACCAAAUACCCGUGCUGGCGCCAGUGGCGCUGUACGAGGAUCCGCUCGACGGCGGCGCCGAGCGCACCGUCUGCGUGAGCGCCGACGACAUCCUCGUCGGCCUGGCGCGCGACAUGUCGGCCGCGGGGCGCGAGCAGGAGGCCGAGGCGGCGCGCGGCGUGGCGCCGGCCGACGGCGUCGACAUGAUGCCGCUGCGCCUCAUGGUCAUCAACCGCGAGGGCGGCAUUCCGUCGCAUGCGCGCGGCGGCAAUCCGCAUCUGUCCAUCAAUCUGGCGUCCGAGUACGCGCACAUCGUCGACCACUUCAUCUGGGCGCGCUCGCACCCGACGGCGCUCGCGAAUCUGGCCACGGUGCAGGACUGCCUCUCGUACAUGCCGCACACGUCGUCGGGCGUCGUCGUGUCGCACCGCUCGCCGCGCAGUCUCAUAGCCAACCUGAUCACCAACAAGGCGGCGCACUCGCCCUCGCUGCCGCACCAGCUGCUGGCGAACCGCAGCGACGUGCGGCACACGCCCACCAUCAUUCGUCCGGGCCUCGACAUCCGCGUCAUCUCCGACAUGGCCAAGGUGGACCGCGGCAAGCUCACGCGGCUACUCGAAGAGAGCUUCCGGCGUACGCUCGACGCCGACGCGUACUACGCGCGUCUCGAGCGCUCCUGCGACUUUGUCAUCGUCACAGGCGACUACCAGGCCGCGGCAAUCGUGACGCGCGAGUAUGCGCCGGGCGACGUGCGCGGCGUCGAUGCGCCGAUUGCGUAUCUGGACAAGUUUGCCGUGCUGCCGAGCCUGCAGGGCAGCGGCACCGUGCACGGCCUGGGCCUGCUCGAUGCGCUCAACGACAACGGCGGCGCCGGCGGCUUUGGCGUGGGGCGCGACCUGGUGUGGAAGAGCCGCGCCGACAACCCCGUCAACCGCUGGUACUACGAGCGCAGCAAUGGCUUUGCCCGCAUCGACACGCGCCCCGCGGCCGAGCAGCGCGCCGGCUAUGCGCCGGCAUGGAGCAUGUUCUGGUGCGACGCCGAGGACCGCAUCUCGCGCAUGGCGGGCGAGCGGCGCCUGGGCGCAGAGGCGAGUCCGGAGGACGUCAUGGACUACGAGGAGGAGCAGGCGCUGCAGCAGCGCGAGCAGCAGCAGCGGCGCCAGCCUCAUGCGCACGCGCGCUCCGCUGCACAGCAGGGCUACGAGAACGACGACGACGACGCGGCGUACGACGACCUCUACAUGCCCCUCACGGGCCCGCGCGACCCGAGCAGCGGGCGCCUGCUCAGCGAGCUGGACCCGCGCCCGGGCGGCGCCGGCGCCAAGCUGCUGCCCGUCGUGGCGCCCGAGGAGGAGGGCCGCCUGGAGCGCUGGGCGCGCUGCAUGGCCACGAUCCCCACGGCCUGGCGCUGAUGAGAGGCCGCAGCACAAGCCUUUUCUCCCUCCAUCUCUGCUCCGCCGCUCCGAGCCUACACCUCCCUCCCCUAUUCUACACGCGCGGCCUGCGCUCUUCGCCGCCACGCCGCGCUACCUUCAUCUGUACCUCGCCAUACCCGCACAUCGCUGCACCCGCACGCUUCUCUAGAAAUACUGCACCCUCGAUGCUCUG